AUGACUACAUCGUGUCCUGGUUUUCUUGAUCGAUAUGGUAUAUGGAAUAAUGGAUUUGAUUGUUCAUUGUCUCAUAUCUGUUGCGGUACAGAUACUGAUCGUUUUUGUUGCAUCCCAACUACCACAUUAAAUCCAUUAUCUUCAUCGUCAUAUUCAACUCGGCAUCCAUCAUUUGAAGAUUUAGAUUCUUACACAAUUCCUACAUCAAACAGUUUACUUAAUGAGAAAUGGGUUUUCAUACAAUUAUGUACUAUUGGCAUAUGUCUUGCUAUUCUAUUACUUAUUUUUGUCAUUAUUUAUCUAUGUUUUAUUUCGAUGCGUUGUGGAAAACGCCGAAAGAAAAUGUCUAUUAUUGAAGUAUCGCUACCAACGAGAUUUCCGUCUUUAAGUGAAUCGAAACGGUCAACAUCAAAUCGAAUAUCAACAAUUAGUAGUACAUCAAGUGAUGGUAAAUCUCGAUGUACAGAUAUAUCAAUGGUAUUAAAUACUCCGCUUAAUCUCUAUCCAACAAAUAGUCGUGCGUCAACAAUAGCAUCAUCUUACUAUUUGUACCCUAAUGAAUUUGAAUAUCUUUGUAAAUAA